CAGUAUGACAUGCAGAUGAGUGCCGUCGAUCUUAGAAUCACCGCACACUUCACUCAUUUGGGCAGUCACGGGGCCAAAACCAGAGUGUGGAGCCACAGUGUGGCGGUGGAGGCAGCAGCAAUGGGAGGCCAUACAGCACCCUAUGACAAAAUGGAACCCACCAGCAGUGUGAGGAGACCUGAAAGUGGCACAUGGCAGAGUGUGGCGAUGAAGACAGCAGCAAUGGGAGGCCGUACAGGGACCCAUGACACACUCUGGACCUGGCAGCAGCAUGAGGAGGCGGUACAGGGGCCCAUGACAGAUUACGGGCCUGGCAGCAGCAGGCGGUGGAUGCAGCAGUGGGCGGGCGGCCUUGGUUAAAAAGCGGAAGCCGUCAGCAGCGUGAGCAGACGACAGAGGCACAUGGCGCAGGGUGGCGGUGGAGGCAGCAGUAUUCGGAAGCCAUACACAGGCCUAGGUUAAAAAGCGGAAGCCGUCAGCAGCGUGA